GCCACCAAAGGAAAAUACCUAGGUAACUGGUUUAUUACACUCGCCUUGAAUGAAUAUCUAUGUUGAUGAUCUGUCCUUUCGAACGAGGAUUCACUUAAUUUGGCAUCGCUAGAUACUGUGCCUCUUUAUUUAAAUGCCAUGAGAAACUACUUUCAAAAACAACCAAGAUCAUUACAGCAAAGAUGCUCUUUUUACCAUUUCUUUACCCGGCUCUGCUCACCAUCUUCACAUUUACCCCUCUCACGACGGCUGCCUCCAAACCCAAGAAUGCCAUCUUACUAUCAAAAGUAAAAUCUCUUACUCUACGCGACAAUGCCCAAACCUCUCACCGACGAGUUUCAGCUGUUCCGCAGCUAUCAUGUAGCGGCCCUGGAUGUCGACAUUACAAAGUUGACGUAAUGCGUUGUACCAACCAAGGAUCUGAUUAUUCUUCCGAAGAUAUUCAAUGGUCCUGCACUGCGAAUCUUCCCGAAGAAUUUAAGCUAGGAAGUACGGAUGUUAUAUGUGAGGGAUAUGAUAGCAAGGAUGAUGAAUAUGUGUUGAAGGGAAGUUGUGCUGUGGAAUACAGGUUAUUAUUGACAGAGGAGGGCGAAGCAAAGUAUGGAAAGAACAUUUGGGACGAUGGAAGUGGAGAUAGCUCUGUAGAGAAGGGGAUGGGCAUACUAUUCUGGUUGAUAUUCGUGGGAGUUUUGGGAUGGAUUCUUUACUCGAUGGUUCAAAAUUGGAGACAAGGUCCCGCUAAUGGUCAAGCGGGAAGAGUCGGGGGAGGAGGUUUUGGAGGAUGGGGAGGAGGAGGAGGAGGACCAGGCGAUGACGACCCCCCACCACCUUAUCCAGGAACUGGGAAACGAUCUACAAGAAACUAUGGUGCUACUGAACAAGCAUGGAGACCUGGAUUUUGGUCUGGUGCGGCGGCAGGUGCUGCUGGCGGUUAUUUUGCAGGAAACAGAGCGAAUAGACAAAAUCAAGGUAGCAGCUGGGGUGGCGGAGGUGGAAGUAGCUGGGGUGGAGGUUCUGGAUCUGGAAGCUCAAGCGCAAGCUCUCCCUCUACCAAUACUCGGUCAAAUACUGGAUUCGGCUCUACAUCGAGAAGAUAGUUGUCCUAGCAAUCUGGACUAGGCACCUCGCCUCUAAUCGUCCUACUUCCCAACGGAAGGAAAUAAUUGAAGAACAAUUUGAUGAAGCUAUCCAAGUUUCAACUCUUCGGAAAGCACCAUGAUUACUCUUGACUCCAGUCUCCCACCAUUCAUUUCAUUCCGACUGCGCUAGACAUAAUGCAAACUGAUUGACUGCAAUGACA